GCACAGCACAGCCAUCCAGAGCAGUGUGAUUACAGUGAAGCACACCCCAUAGUAAAACUCUCCCUGCACACAGUUAACCCUUUGAUCACCCCUCUUGCCCUGUGUUUUGGUUACCUGGUGACCAGGGGCGGACUGACAACUCAUGGGGCCCCCAGCAAUAGGGGAUCAUGGGGCCCCUGUGUCCUUGCCCAAACUCAAAAAAGCCUAUGAAAAAGGUACCAGGGGCAUCUCAUGGGCCCCCUACUGACCCCGGGCCCUCGGGCAGUGCCCGAGUUUCCAAAUGGUCAGUCUGCCCCUGCUGGUGACA